GUUAAGACUAAGGUGUAACCUAACCUGUUGUGACAUCAGUAGGGCUGGCUUGUCAAACCGGUGUUGGAGCUUGCAGGCGUGCUGACAUUAUUCACUGCCAGGGAGAAAGGUACCUGUGUUGUCCUAACACUCGAGUUAACCAUCCCAAACUCAAAGUGUCCUUCACUCAUCGCGCACAUGGAAAGAAGGAACAACUUUAGAUGAUCAAGUAAAAGGAGGACUAAAAUCUAACUGUGUAAAAAACCGAUACAAUACAGAAAGCAUGGAAACGAACAGGAUUGAAAAUAAAAACAACGGUCUGGAGAAUGAUAGGGACCUCCAGUUCCUCCUGCAGGGGGGAGACCUCCUUAAGGUCCGCUCCUCAUCCUGGAAAAAGACCCGCUACUUCAGACUCAUGGAGGACUGUAAGACCAUGUUCCGGGAAUCAAAGAGAACCUUCAAGACAAGCAAGACCUUUUUGGUCGAUGAAAUCUCAGCGGUGCGAAUGGGACGUCAGUCAGAUGGCCUGAGGAAGAACACGGAGGAGAACGUGGAGAGCCGCUGUUUCUCCAUCAUGUUCAAGGGCCGCCGCAAGAACCUGGACCUCAUCGCUAGCUCCGAGGACGAGGCCAGGCAGUGGGUCGACAGCCUGCAGAAAAUACUGUCUAGCAUAAACAACCUCAGCACCCAGGCGAAGAUGGAGCAUUGGAUCUUCAGCUGCCUCAGGAAAUCGGACAAGAACAAAGACGAUAAGCUGAGUCUCUCAGAGCUCAAGAACUUCAUGCAUCUGAUUAACAUCGAGGUGGAUGACGACUACGCUGAGAUACUCUUUGAGAAAUGCGACAAAUCCAAUUCUGGGUACCUGGCCGGAGAGGAGAUCAAACAUUUCUAUGACCUGUUGACUCAUCGGGAGGAAAUAGACGUGAUCUAUGGGGAGUACGCUAAAACGUCGGGCUUUAUGAGUCCUCAGAACCUGGUGGACUUCCUGAAGAAAGAACAGAGGGAGGACGCAACGCUGGCUGAUGCACAAAACAUAAUCCAGAAGCAUGAGCCAGACGAAAAUGGUCAGUACCUCAUGUGA